AUGGCCCGUUGGCUAGUGAUACUCUCUGCGCUUUUUCUAUCGGCCGAUUCAAGUGCCCAAUCACACACGCGAUUAGCUACGCAUUCGCGUCCGAAAUUAACUGUUCGCUCCCAGACAGACACAGCGUCAUCUUCGCCAGCAAACACAACUAUCAUAUACUCGGACCGUGCAAGCUACGUCAAUGUUUUCAUAGGCACAACCAAUGGAGGACAUGUUUUCCCCGUAGGUGCCACUCUUCCGCAUGGGAUGGUGAAAGUCGGGCUUGACACUGAUUCCCCGGGAAAUCAAGCGGGUUACGAUGCCGAUGCAACAUUCAAUGCUACCGGUUUUUCGCAGCUGCACGAUUCAGGGACUGGUGGUGGUACACCGCUAUCCAACUUUAAGCUCUGGCCUCUGCCUGAAUGCGACUCAUUCGCAUCCUGUAACACAUCCUUGCUUACCAGAAAGACGUUACGGAAAGUCCUUCCUGAUGGUUCUCCUGACGAUGCUGGUUCGCCUGGUUACUUUGCGACGAAUCUCUCUACUGGCGUUCAGGUGGAGUUGACUGCUUCAGGUCGUACUGCACUUCACCGUUACACAUUCCCGCCGUCGUCACGCGAACCUCGUAUUGUUGUGGACAUCACGAACGAUGGCAUGGACAACACCACAGCACCUGUUGUUAACAUUAACCCUACUACUGGGCGCGUCACAGGGGGAGGCAGUUUUGCUUCAGCGUUUGGUCCUGGAAGAUACAAAGUCUAUACUUGUGUAGAUUUCAAAGGUGACGGUCAUGACUUCAAGGCUCCCACUGAAUACGGGCUUUGGCUGGGGAAUACUCCUGUGCAGAAUAGCACACAGGCCAAUCAAUUAAACUCCGGCUUCGCGUCUGAGAUGGGUGCUCUAAUGACUUUCCCGCCCUCUCCUAAUUAUAUUCACACGACCAUCCUUGCACGUGUCGGUGUUUCAUUCAUUUCCUCUGGUCAGGCCUGCGCCAAUGCUGAAUCAGAGAUCCCGGACUUCAAUUUCGAUAAGACCGUCGCAACAGCACGAGAAGCAUGGAACGAACUUCUAUCCCGAAUCCAAGUCGAUACUCAGGGCGUGGACAAAGAAAUUACUGAACUGUUCUACUCAUCAUUUUACAGGACGCAUAUUUCUCCCGCUGAUUACACUGGCGAAAACCCCAAAUGGAAUUCCACCGAGCCUUAUUAUGAUUCCUUUUACUGCAAUUGGGACACUUACCGUACCCUGUAUCCUCUAAUGUCGCUUCAUGACCCCGAGGUGUUCGCCCGCAUCGUUCGUGGAAUGAUCAACAUUCAACAGCAUGAAGGUUGGUUGCCUGAGUGCCGUGACGCUACUCUUCAGCAGUGGGUCCAAGGUGGAAGCAGUAAGUUCUCGAACUAG